UAAACCCCAUGGAAAUUUCUCGUUGAGUAUAGGACUGAAGAAGAAGAAGGGUAGCACUGAAUGGCAUUAAAGGUUUCAUCUUUGAUCAAUUCAAAGCAAAUUCUAAAAAGGGUAUGUUUAAAUUCAUUAUUUUCUUCAAUUUCAAGUGAAAUUCCUUCAAAUGAUACUCCUAAAGCCACUGAUUUUGAAGUAAAAAUACGUGCUUUAAGGAAGAACUUAAAUCCUGAUAACUUACUUAGGGUUUUAAAUUCAACUCAUGAUAUGAAGACAUCAAUAGAGAUAAUAAAAUGGGUUUCUUUACAGAAACGGUUUUGUCAUACCCCUGAUACUUAUACUAACAUGAUUCUGAAAUUAGGUAUGGUGGGAAAAACUGAAGAAAUGGAAGUUCUGUGUUUGAAUAUGGUUAAGGAAAAGUGCAUAGGAAUUGAAGAAGUCUUUUCUGAAUUAAUUACUAGUUUUGUUGAUAAUAAUAGAGUUAAAGAAGCUUUAAGAGUUCUCGAAAUUAUGAAUUCCGCAAAGGUAAAACCGUCUAUACGGAUUUGUAAUGUACUAAUAGGUACUCUUGUAGAGGAGAAAAGUGAUUUGCUUUCGAUAUUGUUUGCUUAUAAAGAGAUGGUGAAAGCUGGAAUUGUACCAAAUGUUGACACGUUGAAUUACUUGAUACAAGUUUUGUUGGAAGAUGGUAGGAUUGAAGUUGCGUUAGAUCAGUACAGGAGAAUGGAUAAGAAAGGGUGUAAGCCUAAUGGUAGGACUUUUGAGAUACUUAUUAAGGGUUUGUGUAUGAGAGACCGGGUUGCUGAAUCAGUUAAAGUUUUGGAUGAGAUGUUUGAGAUUGAGUGUAAAUUGGAUGUGAGUUUUUAUUGGGCCGUGAUACCUAUUUAUUGUGAAGCUAAUAAACUAAAUGUUGGAAUGAAACUGUUAAGUAAGAUGCGAGAUACUGGUACAUUGCCUGGUUUGUUAAUUUAUAAGGUUUUGGUGGAGAGUUUGUGUGCAGAACGGAGGUUAGAUGAGGCGGUUAAGCUUUUCAAAGAUAUGGUAGAUAAUGGUAUAGACCCUGUGGUUGAUAUAUUUGUUGAUAUUGUUUGCGGGCUUGGUAAAGUUGGGAAGUUUAGUGAAGCGGCCAAGUUCUUGGAGGAGAAUUCUGUGUUUGAUGUUUCUCCUCACAAUGAGUUGCUUCAAGGUUACUGCAACAGUGGUAGACUUUUUGAGGGAAGUAAAUUUCUCGAGAAAAUGGUUGAGAAGAAUGUAGCUGAUAGUUUUUCUUGGAGUAUUCUUAUCCGAGGGAUUUGUGAACUAGGAAAAGUUACAAAGGCGUUUGAAGUUCUUAAUAGAAUGGUGAUUUUGUCAUACAUUCCCGAUGUUGCUACUUAUUCUGCUCUUAUAUGUGGACACUGUCGACAGGAAAAGUAUCAAGAGGCUCUCGAGCUAUUUCAUUCUGUUCGUGUUGAGAAGUGGGUUUUAGAGUCAAACUCCUUCGAGCAACUAAUUGAAGGCCUAUGCAGUGUUAAUAUGAUGGAAGAAGCAUUGUCGGUGUACCAUUAUAUGUCUACCAACGGUAUCAGUAUGAGAACAUCGUCAUUCAAUAUCUUGCUCAAAUGUAUGCUUACAGGAAAUGCUGAUGAAACAAUCAGGCUGUUAAAGUCUUCGGAAUUUCGUUCUGGUACUUCCGGCUGUCUUGAGACGUACAAUAUCAUCAUGCAUGGGUUGCUAAAGUUGGGUAGGGCAGCAGAUGUGUUAGUACAGUUUUCACAAAUGUUGGUGCAGGGCUGUACGUUAGAUGUGGAGACUUACAAUGUCCUAAUAUGUAGCAUGUCUGCAGAAAGCAGAACAAGUGAUUGUGCUCUACUGUUAAGUCAGAUGCUCGGAGUUGGGUUUGUUCCAGAUUCAGAGACCUUAGAGAUACUGAUGUUCUGUAUGGCGAGCCAUUCUCAGUUACACCUGCUUACACACUCAAUGGAUAAGCUGGCUUUAAGGGAUGGAAUUCUGACUGUUCCAAUGUACAACAUGUUGAUCAACUGUCUCUGCAAGGAAGGUCAUAAACAUGACGCCUGUAGAUUCUUAGAUCAGAUGUUGGAGAAAGGGUGGGUCCCAGAUGCUGCUACACACGGUUUGUUAAUCGGCAGAAAUAAUAGAGAUGAAGCUGGUUCAGAAGCAGAGUUAAUUGAAGAUCAGGAUCAAGUUUGCAAUAUACUGGCGGAGGGGUUGACGAAAACAUAAGAAACUCGGGUACUGAUGAUAUAGGAGGUUGAAAAUUAUAUCAAAUUUAAACCAGAAGCAGUGUACUUACCAAUCAGCAUUCCUAGUCUUCAAUUAAGAAUAAGAGAUUACCAGUUGAGAUUGUGUUGUUAUGUGCCUUCCACACAGAACCACUCCACCUGUUUACACAUCUCAACCAGAUUCAAAAGUGUGGACUUCAUCACCUACAGGGGAGUUCUCUGUCAAAUCAACCUGGAAUGCUUUGACAGCACAUGACCCAGCUAUCACUACCAAUGGACACCUACACAAUCAGUUAUGCAACUGUCACAAUCAUGGUCUGCCUGCCAAGGGUAUGCAGGGCCCUGGAAAGGUCACAGGAGACAUGUUUCCGGACACUGGAGUUUGUGGAAUGAACAAAGAAUUCAUCAUGAGAAAACUCAUUUCCAAGCAACUCUUGGAAGUUAAGGCUGCUCUUAUAACACGGAGUUCAACUUUCAGCAGUGUCUUGGGAAAGCUAGUUCCAGUAUGUAUUGUUUCCCAUUUAUCCUAUUCGAGAUGUAACCUUUUUUUGACAUUAUCUUGAUUAUCCUACUGCUCAGAUUCAUAUAUCUUAAUUCCCUCCCUCUCUGUGAACUCCCCAUGAUUUUAUGUAAUGCAUAUUACUUUAGGGGGUGUCUGUUAA